AUGUUACAUGAACGUGUACGUAAAUGUUUUAUAGCAACAAAUAUAGUUGAAACAUCAGUAACGACUGAUGGUAUACGUUUUAUAAUUGAUUCUGAAAAAGUCAAAGAAAUGGUAUAUGACGGAAAAUAUAAGCUGCAACGCUUACGACAAUUUAAUAUAAGUCGUGCUGGACGUAGAGGACCUGGUGUUUGCUAUCGCUUAUAUAGUGAACAUGAUUAUUUGAAUUUUCAAGAAUAUUCAACACCAGGAAUUCACGUUGUACCACUUGAUUGA